CCGCAUCUGCGCAGUGCGACGACACGUUGGGGCGAGAAGCAUGGCGGACGACUCCACGGAGAGCGUGAAUCCAGACAAGGAUGAAACACUCGCAGGUUCGAGCAGUGAAGAUGAGGACAGUCAAGAUAACGGCGGCGAAGGCGAAGAGGCAGUGAAGACCUUCAAGGAUCUGGGUGUCACCGAGGUUCUCUGCGAGGCUUGUGAACAGCUGGGAUGGAAGAGUCCGACAAAGAUCCAAGUAGAAGCGAUACCGGUGGCUCUGCAAGGGAAGGACGUUAUCGGCCUCGCAGAGACCGGUUCGGGCAAAACCGGCGCCUUCGCUCUCCCCAUCCUCCAGUCGCUGCUGGCCUCGCCUCAGAGGCUUCACACCCUCGUUCUCACCCCCACCAGGGAGCUGGCGUUUCAGAUCUCCGAGCAGUUCGAGGCUCUGGGCUCCAGCAUCGGCGUCAAAUGCGCCGUGAUAGUCGGUGGAAUCGAUAUGAUGUCCCAGUCCUUGGUGUUGGCUAAAAAACCACACAUCGUAAUCGCCACACCUGGUCGGCUGAUAGAUCACAUGGAGAACACGAAGGGCUUCUCCCUGCGAGCGCUCAGGUUCCUGGUCAUGGACGAAGCAGACAGAAUCCUCAACAUGGACUUUGAGACUGAGGUGGAUAAAAUCUUGAAGGUGAUUCCCAGAGAUAGACGCACCUUCCUUUUUUCUGCCACCAUGACCAAAAAGGUCCAGAAACUCCAGAGAGCAGCCCUGAAGGAUCCCGUGAAGUGCGCUGUCUCCACCAAAUACACAACAGUAGACAAGCUGCAGCAGUACUACGUCUUCAUACCGUCCAAGUACAAGGACUGCUACCUGGUGUCCAUCCUCAACGAGCUGGCCGGCAACUCCUUCAUCAUCUUCUGCAGCACGUGCAACAACGCCCAGCGGGUGGCGCUGUUGUUAAGGAACCUCGGCAUCACUGCGAUCCCUCUUCACGGACAGAUGAGUCAGAAUAAACGUCUCGGAGCUCUGAACAAGUUCAAGUCCAAGUCUCGCUCGGUGCUGCUGGCGACUGACGUGGCCUCUAGGGGUCUGGACAUCCCUCACGUCGACUGCGUUAUCAACUACGACAUCCCCACUCACUCUAAGGACUACAUCCACAGAGUUGGGCGAACAGCCAGAGCGGGACGGGCCGGGAAGUCCAUCACUUUUGUCACUCAGUAUGACGUGGAGCUUUUCCAGCGAAUCGAAACCUUGAUUGGGAAGAAACUUCCUGCUUUUCCCACCCAAGAAGAAGAAGUGAUGAUGCUGGUGGAGAGGGUGAGCGAGGCCCAGAGGUUUGCCCGGCUGGAAAUGAAGGAACACGGUGAGAAAAGGAAAAGGUCGAAAAGAGGAGAUGGAGAUGAGGAUGACACGGAACAAUCGAGCGGAGUGAGGAAGAAAGUUAGAGGAGGAUUGGGUGCAGGAGGAGGAGGAGGAGGAGGAAGAGGAGGAGGAGGAGGAGGGAAGAAGAGGGGUGGAGCAGCAUGGAGGGGAGGACGCUGAGCUUUUCUUACUUUCAUAGAUUGUACAUAACUUCAACACACGAUACCUUUUCCUGCGUUUGAUGUAAAACUUAAUUACUAUGACGGCAUGUUUUCCAGUAUUCAGUAUGGAAGCGAAAGACUAUUUAAUGACAAAAAAAAAAAGUGCUUCUCUUUGCUUCUGUAUGAGACUUUUCCAUUUGUAAUAAAACGCCUCUUUAAACCCA